AUGAGGUCUGCGAAGCACUGGACAUCGCUUUUUGAUUUAGAAACGAGCUAUAGUAAGGGCGAGCAAGAGAAAAUCAAAGACAUUCCAAAUUUAGAUAUAAGUUUGAAGAAGUCGAACAAGGAGGAGGAGACGCCACAGGAUCCUAUCAAAUGGUUUGGUGUUCUAGUACCACAGAGUUUGAAAACCGCGCAGAAACAUUUUCAGGACGCUCUUUACCUCGCUGUAAAAAUUGCCAAUGUACAAGCUCAGUUGACAAAAGUCACAAGUCAGUCUGAGUCUUUGAAAUUGCUAAAAAAAGUCGCUAUAUGA